AUGGAUGCUGCAAAUCCACCGCUAGCAUCUGGUCCGAGAUAUCGGCCCAUGAACCGUGAGAAAAACGAGUUUCGACUUCUCGAAAUUCUCCCUCCGAGUAACUCUCUACAUGGAGAUUCCGAUCCUCUCGCAUUCUCAAUCGAUCCUAUUCGCUGUGAGCUUCAAUAUGAGCUGCUUUCAGACGUGUCAGCUAAAUCAAACCUAGAAGAGGCUUCCCUGUUUUCAUUUAUGAAAUUGAUGAUGGAUGAUUCAGAUGAUCCUAAAAUAAUUGACGACAUAAAAUUAUCCCGAAGUCUAUUCAGCUUUGGUGAAUCGAUUGAUGAAAAGAGCUAUUACGAGCUCAGCAAAGAAAGGAAAGAAGCGCUAUAUGAGCACUACAAAAGCUCUCAAAAAGCACUAGAGAACUGGAGACCUGAAGGAAUUAACCUUAACAAAAAAUCCUUUAAAGAAUGGCUUGUCACUUGCAUUUGGGCUCUUUCAGACGGCGAUGAAGGCCAGUGCCAAUCGUUGUCAUAG